AUGUCUAUUUACAAUGAGCAACCACCGUCAAGCCGUGACGGUGAAAAUAAUAAUUCGAAAUAUGACAUCCACCUUGUGGAGAGUGCGACGUUCACUGGUAAUGGGCCGGAUUUUUCGACUGCAUCCUCGAGACUGUCCAAAUCACACCGUGAUUAUUUGAUGGAGCGCCAUGGUACAUUGGAACUUGAUCCUCUGCCUACAAUGGACCCUGCAGACCCUUAUAACUGGCCUGAAUGGAAGAAAAUGACCAAUCUUAUACUCGUGGCUUUUCAUGCCUGUAUGGGUACUUUUGCCGCUGCAGGUAUUAUCCCAGCUUAUUCCGAUAUUGUUGAACUAUACGGUGUCUCCAACCAGCAAGCCGCUUACCUGACAUCCCUCCAAAUUGCUGUAUUGGGUGGUGCACCACUUUUCUGGAAGCCAUUGUCCCACCGCUUCGGUCGUCGUCCGAUCUUCCUUCUGUCCCUCAUUCUCACUUUGGUAUGCAAUGUUGGAUGCGCAAAGAGUACAACCUACGGUGCGACUGCGGCCUGUCGAGCUCUUUCGGCUUUUUUCAUCGCCCCUGCCUCUGCCAUUGGCAGUGCUGUGGUGAUGGAAACGACCUUUAAAAAGGACCGGGCUCGGUAUAUGGGUAUCUGGACACUCAUGAUUACAUUGGGCGUCCCACUUGGACCAUUUAUCUUUGGGUUUGUUGCCUACCGAGUUGGCUAUGUGUGGAUUUACUGGGUUCUCGCCAUGAUCAAUGGAGGCCAACUCAUUUUGUACCUCUUCUUCGGACCCGAAACUCGCUACGUGGGCAGUAGUGAGGGUACCGAGGGAUCGGUUUUCAAGAGAGAAUAUCUCUCUCUCCGUCGCAUCGACCCUACCCCCUUCACGCUGUACGAGUUCGUCAAGCCAUUGACCAUGUUCAGACACUCUUUUAUCGUCAUCCCCACAUGUGCCUACGCUAUGGUCUUCCUCUUCGCCAAUAUCUUAACAACAGUCGAGAUCCCAGCCCUCCUGCAAACGAAAUUCGACCUUAAUAACGAGCAGGUUGGACUCCAAUUCUUGGGUUUGAUCAUCGGAUCAGUGAUUGGCGAGCAGCUUGGAGGCGGAUUAUCCGACUACUGGAUGCGCAUGCGGGCAAAGCGAACAAACAACAAAGCGGAACCCGAGUUCCGUCUUUGGCUCAGCUACUUUGGUUUCGCACUCGCCAUUGUCGGCUUGAUUAUUUUCCUCGUUUGCACGCAGGAUGCUACCACUGGCCACUGGAUCGUGUCCCCUAUUGUCGGUACCGGUAUCGCUGCGGCGGGAAGUCAGAUUGUUACUACCGUUAUGGUUACUUAUUCGGUUGAUUGUCUUCCCCAGGAAGCGGCGAGUGUGGGUGUCUUUAUUACUUUUGUUCGACAGAUUUGGGGUUUCCUUGGUCCAUUCUGGUUCACGCCUAUGUUUAGCAAUGUUGGCGUGGCAGCCAGUUCGGGUAUCGUUUGUGGCAUGAUAGUUGCUGUCAGUGUGCUACCUACGAUUGUGCUGCAAAUGCGCGGUUAUAUCUGGCGACAGAAUGGGGACGAUAUGGCUGACGAAUGA